AUGGCCUUACUGCGUGUUGCAAGCAAGCCAAACAGUGGAGUAAACGCCAAAACCCAGCUUGCUCACGAUUCGGUACUUGAUAUCGCUGAACAAAUCUCCGAUCCGAACAGGGUGAUAACCUCCAUCACAAUAUCGACCGAUGCUCUCCUCCAACCACCUUCGCCGAGACGACCGAGCCGCGCGUUGAAACCGAGCGCGAAAGCUCGCGAAGCCAUGCAAUCGCUCGAGGACGUGGCUACCACGUCGAGGAGAGCGGCGAGCGAGACCACGCGGGCGGUUACGACGCGAGGAGCACGCGCGUCUGGGAUUCUAUAUGGAGCCAACAGCCGGAUCGAGACGGGGAAGUCAGGUAUACAGAUGCUCCUGGAGGCGAUCAACGAACAACGAGACGAAAUGUACCGAAUGAUUACCGAGCAGCGAAACACGAUUGGCGAACUACGCGAGGUGAUUUGCAAGCAGCACGACGCGAUUCAAGAACUACAUCGCCAACUUGCAGACACCAGGACCCAGCUGUCUGAAGAACUGAGACAAGCGCGGGAUCAGAUUGAUACCCUUCAACGCAACCCGGUAGCCAUGGCUUCGUCCCAACCAAGCGCAAGAGGGUCAUACGCCGAAGUCGCUCGCACCCCACCAUCAAGCCAGCCAAGCGGUGUGCGCACCCUCUCCUCGCGAAACACGACGCCUUCAUCCUUUACCGACACGUUGUUCUGUACGAUCGAUACAUCUAGGGUGGAGGAGAAAGAGAAGGGAAACGUCCAGGUGGCGGACAUUAGAAAGGCAAUCGAGACAGAGGCCAGGGCACAGGAAAGCAUGGGAGACUGGCGUUGCGCUGCGGUUGUGAAGGAGGCCCGAAACCCGGACCGAGUCAGAGUAAUUUGCAGGGACGAAGGCGAGGUCCAGCUCGUCAAGGAAGCGGCAGUGAAGAUCAGUGUUCCUGGAGUGCGGGUAUUGAGAGACCAGUUGUACCCGGUGAGGGUAGACAAUGCCAACCGAACAGCGGUCCUCGAUGCGGACGGAAACAUCCUGCCGGGAGCCGCAGAGGAGCUAGGGACAGAGAACGACGUCAACAUUGCGAAGAUUGCCUGGCUCAGCAGGAAGGAUACAAGCAAGGCCUACGGCUCGAUGGUUGUCUACGUGACGAAGGGCAGCGAAGCAAGGCGACUUCUAGACGGGCGUUACUUCCAUCUCGCCGGAGAAUCCGCUUACACGACCGUUUUCGCGCCCCGGGAAGGCCCAACCCAGUGCUACAGAUGCCAGGAGAUCGGCCAUAAGGCCUUCGCCUGCAAAAAGCCGCAAAGAUGCGGAAGGUGUGCGGAACAGGGUCACCACCACAAGACGUGUCAGUCCGUGGUCCUGAAGUGCGUGCUAUGCAGAGGACCACACGAGUCAUUUAGCAAGAACUGUCGGGCUGAUCGAAGGCUCGGUGACGACGGUCCCAAUGAGUCAUCACAACUGGACGAAGCUGAUACCAACGACAAGACGAGAAGCCACGUGGCCAAUUCGGAGCAUGCUAUGGUACGAAGCGAUAUAGAGGUCGAGCAGAUUCCAGUGCCGUUGGCAGACCUCACCGCAGCACGCAUCCGGCUCCCAGACCGGGCAGUGCUGAUGGUGGCAGUGUAUGUGGAGGGUGGUAGUGACGAAGCACUGGAAGAUGCAAUGAGGGAGAUUGACCUAAUGAUUAAGAGGUUUCGAAACGGAACAGGGACGAGAACGGACAUCAUACUGGCGGGCGAUUUCAACCGCCACGACCAGCUUUGGGGAGGGGACGAUGUCUCACCACGGAGACAAGGCGAGGGAGACCGCAUCAUCAACCUCAUGGACGAACACUCCCUCUGCAGCCUCCUCCCAAGAGGCACGAAGACGUGGCAGUCAGGCGACAUUGAGAGCACAAUCGACCUGGUACUGGCCUCUGCAGAACUAGCAGACCAACUACUCAGAUGCACGAUUCACCCCUGCGACCAUGGCUCAGACCACAGAGCAAUCGAGACAGCUUUUGACACCACGGUGGAGGACCGUCCCAGUGAGACGAGGUUCCUCUUCAAGAACGCGCCCUGGGCGGAAAUUAGGACUAGGGUGGCAGCAAACCUCGAACGCAUCCCCUGGGACGGCAAUGUCCAGCAGCAGACGGACAGGCUCAUGGCAGCGGUAACCGAGGCGGUCUACGGCCUGACACCUAAAGCCAAGCCCUCACCAUACGCCAAGCGGUGGCGAGAUCUCGACGUAGGAUUGGGCAAACAGCACCAGAGCUCGAACAACGAGCCAGGAUGGCAGCCAAAGAGUACCACGACGCCAUCCGCAGACAGAAGAGUUCGCAUUGGAACGACUUCCUGGCCCGAUGACGCUAACAUCUGGCAAGCAACGAAGUAUCUGCAAACCGGCAGCGGCACGAUGGGCGAUAAGAUACCCCCGCUCGUCCGACCCGAUGGCUCCAUCACGGAGGGUAAAGCAGAACAAGCGCAGGAGUUACUCACCGCCUUCUUCCCACCUUUGCCAGCGAGAAUCGAAGACGAGGGCCAACGACCUCAACGGGCGCCGGUACACAUGCCAGACCUAACAAUGGAGGAGAUAGAACAAAAGGUCCUGUCCGCUAAGCCAUGGAAGGCGCCCGGGGAAGACGGUCUACCGGCAAUGGUAUGGAGACAGCUCUGGCCAGUGGUCAAAGACAGGGUGCUCCAUUUAUUCCGGACGUCGCUUCGAGACGGCGACAUCCCCAGCCAGUGGAGGAAUGCCAAGAUCAUCCCAUUGAAGAAGCCAGGGAAGAGCGAAUACACUCUAGCCAAGUCCUGGAGACCCAUCUCGCUGCUCUCCACGCUGGGUAAGAUACUGGAGGCAGUCAUUGCGGAGCGUUUAUCCCAUGCUGUGGAGACCUGCGGCCUUCUACCCGCCAACCACUUCGGAGCCAGGAAGAGACGCUCGACCGAACAGGCUCUCCUUCUGCUUCAGGAACACAUCUACAAAGCAUGGAGAGCUAGGAAGGUGCUCAGUUUGAUCAGCUUCGAUGUCAAGGGCGCAUACAAUGGGGUCUUCAAAGACAGGCUUCUCCAGAGGCUCAAGGCAAGAGGGAUACCUGAACCCCUGGUCAAGUGGAUCGACGCCUUCUGCUCCAAGCGCACAGCGACCAUUGCCGUAAACGGGUUCACAUCUGGACGGCAAGAGCUGCCCCAAGCGGGUCUUCCGCAAGGAUCGCCGCUGUCUCCAGUGUUGUUCCUCUUCUUCAACGCCGACCUAGUGCAGCACAAGAUCGACGCGAACGGAGGCGCAAUUGCCUUCGUGGACGACUACACUGCCUGGGUAACGGGCCCGUCAGCGGAGUCGAACCGCACUGGAAUCCAAGCUAUCAUCGACAAAGCCCUUGACUGGGAGAAACGGAGCGGUGCGCAGUUUGAAGGCGAAAAGACAGCCAUCAUACACUUCACGAGGAACAUGGAGCGAUUUUCAGAACAACCGUUCUCGGUCAAAGGCGAAGUGGUCAAACCGAAGGAAAGUGCGAAAAUCCUAGGUGUCGUGAUGGAUCGCGAACUCCGCUACAAGCAGCACAUUGCUAGGACGGCAGCUAAGGGCCUCGCAGCCGCUCUGGCCCUGAAGAGGCUGAAGAUGCUUUCCCCGCGGACAGCGAGACAGCUAUUUGUUGCGACAGUAGCCCCGGUCAUGGACUACGCUGCCAAUGUCUGGAUGCAUGCGUGCGGGGAAAAAGCACUGAGCUGGCUGAACAGGGCGCAGAAGAUCGGGGCCCUGGCCAUCACGGGAGCCUUUCGAACCGCGGCAACAGCCGUGGUGGAAGCUGAAGCGAGCAUCUACCCUGUACGAGAACGACACGUCCAGGCGGCAGCCAGUCUGUGGAUCAACAUCCACACGCUGCCCGGAACGCAUCCCCUUGCCAUGAAGAAAGUCCGGACCACCGUACGAUUCGUAUCUCCGCUGCAGAAAAUUGCCCGCGUGGCUGAAGGAGUACGAGUUGACCGGAUGGAGACAAUCCAGGAAUACGCCGUCCCGCCCUGGGUACCUCGCCUACGACCGACGCUCGAAGCCGAUCGAGGGAAGGCGGCCGAGAUGGUCAACAAAAUUUCGGGAAUCGUGAUCGCAACCAGCUCAUCCGUAAAGAAGGGCAUUGUUGGCAUGGGCGGCCUUGCACGGGAUACUCUCUUCAACAGAACUAGCGAGACUGUGACAAACUAUGCUGUUGUUCUUGGGACAAGGGAAGAGCAGAACCCAUAUACAGCAGAGCUAGCAGCCAUCGCAAUGGCCCUGGAGAAGUUACCGGCUAGCAUCUGCCACAGGCGCAUCACCGUGAUCACUAGGAACCAGUCAGCGCUGGCAGCAGUUGGACAGCCGCGGCAGCAAUCCGGCCAAAGCAUCAUACGGCAAAUUUACGACUUGACCAGGCUGCACCGACAAAGAGGGAACUCGGUCAACUUUCUGUGGAUACCAGCGGAGAUUGACUUCGCGCUGGGGUCAGAUGCCAAGGCAGCAGCCCAGAGAGCGUCGAAGCAAGGACGCACACCCGACUCCCAAAUACCCCAGGCCAAGUCUACCGCGAUGAGGCUGGCAAUGGAAAGACAACGGGCGACAAGAGUUCUACCUGUAAGCGUGGGCAAGUUCUCAAAGGCCAUGGACGCAGCACUACCAGGCAAGCACACGCGCGAUCUCUAUGACAAGCUGAAGCGAAGGGAGGCCUGCGUAUUGGGCGCAGCUCCGAACCGGAAAUGGCGAGACUGA